AUGGACAAAUUUCUUGCCCGGCCAGGUUCUGGCAGUGCGAAGCUGAAGGCCAAAUCAGAUUCUCAUCAAAACCCCUUUAUUCCGUGGGUGGAAAAAUAUCGGCCGCAGAAAGUUGACGACGUGGUUUUUCAAGAAGAGGUGGUUGCCGUUUUAAAAAAAGCCGUCCAAGGAAGUGACUUGCCAAACUAUUUAUUCUAUGGCCCGCCGGGAACUGGAAAAACAUCUGCUGCUGUUGCUGUGUGUCGGCAGCUAUUUAAGGACCCGAAUGCUUAUCAAGAACGAGUGCUUGAACUAAAUGCCUCUGAUGAGAGAGGAAUAAAUGUCGUGCGUGGCAAGGUUAAUACUUGUAUCAAGGAAUUUGCAAGGACAGCUGUAACUAGCACCUUACCAGAUGGCAGCCCAGUUGCUGGAAUUAAGGUUAUCAUUCUUGAUGAGGCAGAUGCAAUGACAUUAGCUGCCCAAGCCGCUUUAAGGCGCACUAUGGAGAAGGAAUCUCGCACGACCCGCUUUUUUAUUAUUUGCAACUACGUGUCACGAAUUAUUGACCCACUUACGUCUCGAUGUUCCAAGUUCCGAUUUAAGCCCUUAUCGGUUGAAGCACAAAGGGAAAGGCUAAAGAUGAUUAGCGCGAAAGAGGGUGUUAAAAUAGAGCCAGAGGCUAUCGAUGAAUUAAUCGAGUUGUGCGAAGGUGACUUAAGAAGAAGUAUCACUUGCUUACAGACUAUAAGUUCUUGCCAUAGAAAACUGACGGUUGCUGACGUUCGAGAGUUGUCAUCUGCUGUUCCAGAAGAAUUGAUCAACAAAUUUAUUGCGGUAUGCCAUACGGGUAGUUUUGACAGUCUUCUUGCCUAUGUUGAUGAUGUUCUUCGUGAGGGCUUCGGAGCGUAUCAGCUUAUGAAGCAGUUAUUUACUGCACUUCUGAAGAGUGAUGAACUACUGGAUACCCACAAGGCCGUGAUCUUUGAAAAGAUUGGUGUUUGUGAAUUGCGGCUACUGGAUGGAGCGAACAGCUUCCUACAACUACUAGAUUUAGGUGCAGUUGUGCAGGAGCAAUACAAAACCGCUGUUUGA